CCUCAUUAGACAGCAACAGAAGCAAGAGAGAGAGAGAGAGACUGGACACCUCAGUUCUUCAGCACAAAAGGAAGUGGGGUUUCACCAUGAACCGUAGUUUGGGGAUCGAGGCACAGGCUCGUCUCACAGACAUGUUGGAGAUUACUGCCCAGAGCCUGGUGCACAUGGAAGUAGCAGACCACUACCAAAUCAUCAAGGAGCUGGGCAAGGGGAAAUAUGGCCAGGUGGUCCUGGUGAUGCACAGGCAAAGAGGGACCCCGAUGGCUCUCAAGCUACUACCUAAAUCUAGCACCAAGCUCCAGAAUUUCUUAUAUGAAUACUGUGUGGCACUCUCACUUUCUGCACAUCCUGCCAUCGUUGGUAUGUUUGGCAUUGCUAUAGAGUCCAACCAGCAUUAUGGUUUUCUCUAUGAAGCAGCCCUGCAUCGAGACCUUAUCUCCAUUAUCAAGCCCAAGGCGGGCAUUCCUGAGAAGGCAGCCAAGCUCUGUGCCAAGCAACUAGUAAGUGCAUUGGACUUUAUACACAGCCGGGGCCUGGUAUAUCGAGAUGUUAAACCGGAGAAUAUCCUGCUUUUCGACCGUCAUUGCCACUGCAUCAAACUGACAGAUUUUGGAUUGACCCGACCCCAGGGCACUCUGCUGCAGCUUGUGACUGGGGUCAUCCCUUAUACUGCACCUGAGCUAAGCCGUGGCACUGCUGGCACCCCAGGCCUACCCAUUGAUGCCAGCCUUGAUGCCUGGGCUCUUGGGGUAUUGAUCUUCUGCCUGCUCACUGGCUACUUUCCUUGGGAAAAGACUCUACCCGAGGAUUCCUUUUUUGACGACUUUGUGAUAUGGCAAGAAUCAGGUUCAGAUGAAGAUCUGCCAUUUCACUGGCGUCCUCUGUCUCAAGAUUGCAUUGCUAUGUUACAAAAUCUUUUAGCCCUGGAGCCUACCAAGCGGGGCCCCAUCCGCCAAGUACUCAGCUACCUGGAUCGGCCGUGGCGAGCAGACUUGGCUGCUAAAAAUGUCAUCUGAGCUGAAAUUUAUCUGACUGGCGUGGGGGUGGAGGGAGGCGAAAGAUCCCCCCAUUAUUAUGUAUUUACAAAAAAAAAAAAAAGGUAAAGAAAUUCUAUGCAUUGGGUAAUUUACAACAGUCCUCAAUGCAGUGAUGGGAUUCAGCUGGUUUGCAUUGGUUCAGGUGAACCAGUUGUUAAAUUACCCAUCUCCCAGUAUCAAAGUGGAUCCUGGGCACUGCGCUGCAAUGGAGAAAUGGGCAAUAGAGCAGCCUGUGCAAGGGAAGGAGAAGGCCGCUUUCCCUCCUCCUUCCCUCAUGCCUCAAGCUAUUGCUUAAAAGCAUUGUAAGCCGCCCUGAGUCUCCGGGGAAGGGCGGCAUAUAAAUCAAACUAAUAAAUUAAUAAAAUAAUAAAUAAAUGCCAGCUGCUCUAUUGCAGCGCAGCACCCAGAAACCACUUUGAUGGGGGGGGGGAGGUAAUUUAACAACUGGUUCGCCCAGGGUCAGGUUGGCCAUUGUGGGAAACUUGUCCUGCAUGUGUGGUGGAGCUGGAGGAUGGAGAUGGGCCACGCCUCCCACAACAGCCAACCUGACUCUGGGCAAACUGGUUGUUAAAUUAUUUGAAUUCCACCACUGCCUCAAGGUAUACCUUUUGAAUGGUUUGAUUUUAUUGGGAGAGUCUAAAUCAAUGCAUUUGAUCAUGUUUAAGACGAUUAUAAAACAUAAAGGUAAAUAUUUUUGUGUUAAUAAGUUGGAAUUUUAAGUAUGAAAAUAUAUCAUUUUCAUUUAACAAACUGUUACUUUAGACCUUGCUCCUAAUAAUAUAUAGUGAUUCUAAUCAUAUGUACUAAUAAGCCAGAAUGCAGUUUAUCUGGUUUCAAUUUAGGCUGACAUUGUGUUAUUGUGGUUUGUGAAACAUUGUUUAUAGUUUAGUCAAGAAGCCAUGCUUAAAAACCCAUGGCUUAGCACAAUAUGUGAACCUAGUCAACUACUGGUUUCAUACAUCGCAGUCAUACUUAUUUGACUUUCUGGCUUAAUUUGCUAUGGAUCCAAUCACAGUGUUUUUUUUUAACAGCAGAGAUGUAUAAGAAGACCCUCUCUAGCACAAUUACCAAAAUGUGUAUGGCAAAGUUUCAGGCCAGGAGUGACAAAAAGUGAAAAUUGGUAGUAUAAACACUAACAUAGAUUAUAGAGGUAAAAAGAUUCUCAGGCAGCCUCCUAUAAAUAAAUAUCAGGAAUACCCACCUCUGAUUAUUGUAGUUCUAAUUCAAUAGUACUCUGACUUUUAAACAAACAAAACAAAACAAAACAAAACAACAAAACAAAACAAAACAAAACAAUAAAACAAACAAAACAAAACAAAACAAAACAAAACAACAUAUUUUAAAAGUCAGGAUGCCAUUGAAUUAGAACUAUAUAUAUAUUAUGUUAUCCUAUUUAUUAUUUUUAUAAAUAACUCAGGGCAACUAAGAUAUCUAAUACUUUUUUUCUUCCUAUUUUCCCCAAAACAACAACCCUGGGAGGUAAAUUGGACUAAGGGCGUGAUUGUCCAAAGACAUGCAGCCAGCUGUCAUGCCUAAGGUGGAACUAGAGCUCACAGUCUCCUGAUUUUAACUUUGUGCUAUAACUGCUAGACAAAGGUUUCUCAAUCUUGGCAAAUUUAAGGGGGAUGGACUUCCAUUCCCAGAGUUCAGUUCAAGUAUCUUACAGUUGCCAUGGUUGUGAAACACACUAGUCCAACUCAGGCAUGGAUUCUACUUACCUUUAUUACUCUUCUGCGCAUGUGCAGAUGGUCCAUUAUGACGUUUGGGUGGGCGGGCAGAGCCUCCCGCUGUUCUACUACCGGUUCGCAAGAAUCGGACAGAACCAGGAGCAAUCCACCACUGGUCCAACUGAAUCUGUUUUUAAUUUUUCUUUCUAUCUUUUAAAUAUUUUUUUUUCAAAUGGUAUUUAGAGAGGUAGUUAUAUGAAUUGACUAGCUAACUAAUAUAAUAAUUGUGGUCUCACUCAUUUUACUUAAUUGCCCUGUUUACUGGAUCCUAGCAUGUAAAUGGAAAUUAUGGCGCAGAUAAGUCUAGUCACAAUGAUUUAGCACGAUGUGUUGAAUAUACUUGACUUCAAAAUUUAAUCUUGAAUAGGCUUGUCUACCUAAACCCAGUCACUUUGGGUUUACCAGCCAUAUUGACACAACAGGAGAGAACCCAUUUGUGAAAUUAUUUGUGUGUGUGUUUGUUUUUCUCAAACAAACCAUGCUUUUCCUAGAUUGACACUUUUGGAUUAGAUAAUCUUAGACCAAAAUGGUUACGAAUUAUAAUGCUGUGGCCCAAUAUUUCUAGAGAUUGAGAAUGGUUGCAUUAUAGAUAAUCUAGAGAUGUUGAUAAAUGUUUUUAGUAAUGUCAUUUUUUUUGCAGUUCGGUUAUACAUAUAUCAUGACAGUUAGGGACAGAGAUAAAUUAUUUUUCUAUUUUAAUUGUGUUUCUGAACUCUAAGGCAUUUUCAGAUCUUAUCUGUUCUCACAGUUACAGAGAAAUCUUUCUACAGGUUCUUCCAUUGUGCCUGCUAUCUUUCCUAUCUGCAUUAUGAAAGUAUAAUACCAUCCAUCCAUCCAUCCAUCCAUCCAUCCAUCCAUCCAUCCAUGUUUAUUGAACAAAUAUGUUUAUAUGGCUGUCCAACUCUCACAGAUGAUUCCAGGCAGCUUGCAACAUAAAAUCAUAAUAUGAAAACCAUGACCCAUUGACCCACCCAUUCCCAAUAGCAGCAGCAACACAAUAAGAUCAACCUCUUGACUGGGUGGGUUCAUUUCAAUUCAGGGCCACCAGGCCUGCUGACAAAAUCAUGUAUUUAGGGCCUUUUUGAAAAACAACAAGUAGGAACUAAUUGUUAUCUCUGGGGUAUUGAUGAUCCAUGGAGGAGUCACUAGCAAGAAGGCCCUUUAUUGUGGUCUCACUAGGUGUCUAUAUCUAAUAGAUGGGACCUGCAACAUGCCUUGCCUUACCAUCCUGAUGGGCCAGAUGGAUAUAAUGGGGGAGACCCUGUCCUUCAAAUGAUGUUUUUUCAAUACACAUUUUCCACUUACUUUUAUUGUUACUCUUUUUGCUUUGCAACAAAUUCCUCCAAAAGAUUAAUUAAAUAAUUACAUCACAAUGAAACACUAAUUAGGCAUAUUUUCCAGGAUUCAAGGCUUGGCUUGAGGAUUCAGCACCCCUAGCAGGCAAGAACCAAAUUCUUGACAUCCAGGAACUAAAAUCCAGGAAGCAAUGUAUUUUCUGCUGGGUUUGGAGUGUUUUCUACUUUAAUCCGUUGCCACCAAAUAGAGUGAAUUAUUGCCUCUGAUGAAAGUUAUCUUUACCAUACUGCUUGUUCUUCCAAGCAUUCUGAAUCAUUUCUACCUCAAUCUCCAGCAAUACCCCCAAAUGUUGGGGGUGGGGUAGCUUGUACCACAUCCAAACCUAAAGAAGAAGAACCUAAAACUGUUUCCAAGUACAAGAUUUAUUAAUGUAAACCCCACUAGUUUUCUUGACAAUGAUACAUAAAUGGUUUACCAAAUAUGUCUUCUAGAGUAUUUAUUUCAAUCUUCUUAUCAGAUACACAACCUUGAGAUUUCCUAAUGAUGUCUGUUCAAGUCCAAAUAAUGUCUUUUGAAGUCAGUCAGUGUCAAUGAGAGGCUGCCACGUAACUUUGCAUCCAGUGUAUAGUUCCUUAAUGGGAAAUGAGGACAGAGUCGUUUAGAAACAAAAUUGAUUGCUGUUUCCCCCACGAACACUAAAAAAGGUUAUUCCUGUCUCCAGUUAUACAAGCAACUGGAGACAGGGUAAUACUCUACUGUAUUAUCCCAAAGGUAUUGUCCUAAAUUGAAAAAGCACCUUUGGGACAACCAUGACCUGGAUGACUGAGAAACUCCAUAAGCACACUACUGUAUUACCCUCUACUGUAUUCUACUUUUAAGGGUUUUUGUUGUUGUUGUUGUUGUUAAGCUUUCACUGUAACUUCCUAUCUACUUGAUUCUCAGCUAAUCCUUCAGUUCAGGUUUCUCAGGCUGUCCGAUAAGAAAUCAAUGAGAUUCUAUGUAGAGCAGCAACCUCCAAACUUUUUUGGGCACCAGGGACUGGUUCUGUGGAGAAAGGUUUUUGCAUAGACAGGACAGGAUGUGGUUUUGGGUGCUAACUGCAUACUGCGGAUGGGGCUUCACUUGUUUGCAUGGAACGGUUGCUGGCAUGCUGUGGACCAAUGUUGGUCCAUGGACCAGGGGUGUGGAUCCCUGAUGUAGAGGGUAAGGAAGAUGAUCUUUAUGAAACUCUGAAAGAAGCAUUAUCUUGGCAAAGGGGGCUUAAAUAAGAUAACACUUGGAAGUUGCUCAGACACCUUUCUGAUUCAACAAUCUAUAAGAGGACAAAUAUAGCACAAUCCAACUUGCAUGAUUCUGCUACAAUAGCCAAUAUUAAUAGAAGCAAAUUUAGCCUUCCUGUGGAGAUGAUUUCCUCAUCUGAUCCUUCUAGUAUGGCUGACAGGCAGUGAUUAGGGACUAGAGGGAAACCAAGUGCCUGCAAAAAGCAACUAAAAGAGAAAAACAAAGGGGGGAAAAAAGUGCUGCCUUUUGAAAAAAGCACUUUUGAAGCAACUAUGAACUGGAUGACUUGAGAAGCUCCACAGACUGCAGCACGCAAAAAAUGUACAAAAAGAAUUGGGCAAAUUUCAGCCCGCAACCUCAGCUUCACCAUGCUAAGUACACAACUAGAAAUCUUGAAAGUCUAGGUUAGAGAUAGUCUCAAAGGUCCAAGCUCCAGACCUAAACCAACAUUAAGACGCCACUCGCUUGGAGGCUAACUGGAUUUAUUUAGCCGGACUCUGGCACACAAUGAGUUCUAACAGCAAAAUGCAGCAAAGAUGUAAAGUCAGCGCUGGAAGCAUCCGCAUCCCAGCACGUUUAAUCUGGGCAAACCACACCCUUCCACCAGUGCUGGCCUCGCCCCAUUGUCAGCUGUGCAUCAGCAUGCCUGAUUGGAUGUUGCCUGGUCGUUCCAUGGCCCAGAACAGCUGAUCAUCAGGCAGGAACAUCUGAUCAUCAGCCUGUCGCUGGAGCUCUGAAUCCAGACAGGCUGCUUGCCUUGCAUUGCCCCACCUCCCACUGCACAGCUGAUCUGCGGGUCAUCUUCUGCCGACCAGCUGGUCUUCGGCAUUCGUUGGCACACCACUGCAGCCUCCGUUCAUUGGCACACUGCUGUAGCCUCCUACACUCCCAUCACCAGUGCUCUGUCCCUCCCCCGGUAUGGCAAACUCCGGGGCUUCAGGGUUUGACAGACUGCUCUCUUCUACCAGGGCUGCACCUGGAAGACAGGAAGCAGAUUCAGUGAGUACAUAUGGCAACAGAUCAUCACACCCAACCUCCCAAAUCCCCCCUCCCUGGUUUGUGGGGAUGUUCCUUAAUUCCUUUUAAUCAGUCGGCCUGCCUGUAUAUCCACACUCGCCACCCAAGAGGCCUCCAUGAGGAGAUACUGUUUCCAUCAAACCAGGUAUUGCAGCUGACCCCUAUGUACUCAGGAAUCCAAUACCUGGUCGAUCUUGUAAUGGGUCUCCCCCACCCACCUCCACAGGGCCUAGUAAUGGUAACGUUGGUGGUUGAAUCGAGGCUUUUCUUAUAGGCUUCAGCAGACUGCCAUGAAACACUGGGUGUACUUUACCCAACAAUCAAGGUAGCUUUAGCUCCACUGUUACAGGAUUAAAUACCCACACAAUGGGGAAUGGGCCCAGGAACUUCGGCCCAGUUUCUGACAGAGGACCCUUAAUUCUAAGUACUUGGUCAAUAGGUACACCCUCUCCCCCAUUUGGAACAGCUUCUGUGGAACCCGUUUUCUAUCAGCCUGUACUUUUUGGGUUUCUGAGGCUUUCUGCAAGGCCGUUUUCAUGGCUCCCCACACUCCUGCAAGGUAUCUAUCCAUUGCUGUGGGCCAACAGGAGUAGGAGCUUCUCAAGGAUAUUCUGGUAUGGGAACAAAGUCUAUUCCAUGCACCACCUGGAAGGGGGUAAACCUCCUGCUGUUGUGGAUAGGGUUGUUGUAUGCCACCUCCGCAAAUGGCAGCAGCUCUGCCCAGUUGGAUUGUUGGUGACACCUAAGGUAUCAUUCCACUAUGGUGUUGGUCCUCUCUGUUGCCCUGUUAGUACUCGGGUGGACUGUCAAGCUUAAACCCUGGGAAGAACCUAUCAUCUGGACGAAUUCCCACCAGAACUUGGCUGUGAAUUGGAUCCCCCAAUCCCAAAUGUUCCUCUGCGGCAUGCCGUGGAGGCAAUAGAUGUCACAAGAACAGUUUAGCUUCCAUGCUGAUGGCAAACCGGGGCGAAGUACAAAAUGGGCCUGUUUUGAAAAUAGAUCGAUGACCAUCCAUAUGACAGUCUGGCCAUUGCUCUCUGGCAGCUCUACAAUGAAGUCCAUGGCUAUCUCCUCCCACGGCCAGGUUGGGAUGGCCACGGACUGUAAGAGGCCCGGUGGCUUCCCUGUUUAGGGUUUUGCAGUCGCACAGACUGGGCAGCUUUUGACAUAGUGUCCUAUUUCAUGUUGCAUCCUGGGCCACCAGAAUUGCCUUUUGACUAAAUGCAGGGCUUUAGGAACCCAAAGUGUCCUGCCUGUUUCACAUCAUGGCAGCUCCACAGUACCUGUGGCCUCAGGGCAUGUGGCACGUACAAUUUACUGCCUUUCCACACCAACCCAUCCCAUCGGAUAAGCAAUAUCCAGUAUUCCAGGAACCAAGGGUCGGUUAGUAGUUUGGUCUGUGAGCGAUUGAUCAAUUCAUCUGGGCUUACAACUGGCCACUGGGCUGAAAUCCACACGGCUUGUUGCAGUGAAAGGGGAAUGAUGGUGUGCACCACUUCCUCCUGGCGACUGUUGUAUUGCGGCAUCCUGGACAUGUCUGCCAGGAAGUUUCUUCCCCCAGGGCUGUACUUCAAAGUAAAAUGAAAGUGUUGGAAGUACUGCACCCGCCGCACCUGCUUGGAUGACAAAUGUGGAGCCUGGAGUGCCUUGAGGUUUUUAUAGUCCAUCCACACCUUGAAUAGCACUUUAUUUCCCUCCAGGAGGUGACACCAUGUCAUGAGGGCCCACCGGAUAACGAAAGCGUCUUUCUCCCAGAUGGCCCACCACCGUUCAUUGGCAUGCUGCUGCACUCUCUGGGUCUCCUACACCUAUCCCAGUGCUCUGUCCCUCCCCUGGUAUGGCAAACCCCAGGGCUUUAGAAUUUGACAGAUAGAUUGUUAUGGAGAAAAUCUAUUCUUUGUGGUCACCAUGCAUUGAAAAGGACUUGACAACACAUAAUCAAUCCAUUGACAAACCAAUCAGAUUGUAUCCCCAGCAAAAAUUGUAUUCAGGAACGGCUUUUAAAACUGGAACAGCUCGAUAACACCAAGCUACCUUUGCUUUGGACCAAGGAUUAGAUAAAGGCAGUAUCACAAGGAAAGGUCAUAAAAAAGAUUUGCUAGGGCAUGUUUGUGCUGGUUAGGAAGGAAAAAACAAAGUCAUGACCCUUGGCUCUGCAAAGAAGCAUUGCCUUGAUCAGGAAAGGAUCCAUUUGUCACACUUCCUGAUAUUUGCAUUUCCCCCAGGGAGAAUGAUACAGAACAGCCUGUUGAUAUCCAUUCACCAAAGAAGGAGAGAGGGAAUGGAAAAUGCUCUGAGAAAGAUGUCAAGGGUCUGGAAAGGGAUCUUGUCACCCUUGUCAUUCUUCCAUUGUAGCAGCUGCUGGAGCUGCAAAGCAGAGAAAAGGUGUUUGUAAAUAUGCUGGCCUGUUCGCAGCCAUGCUGCCUGCACAGUGGGAAGGCUACUGGCCUUAUGCCUGGAUCCGUGAAAGGGCAACACUUCGGCUAAUGCAGCAGGGUGGAUCUUGUAACAUCCCCAGAGAGGCAUCAAGUGGCUGCUAAGGGGGAGGGAAGGUCCUGGAAUGUGUUCCUCUUGAGGAUGGAAUAAAGAAAUAAUAAGGGUGAAGUAUCAAGAAAGUAGUAUAUAGAAAUUGCCUUCUUUUUAAAAUUAGUUUAUCCUUAUUAUACAUGGUCAUACAGUUCUCUAAGUAUGCUGCAAAAUUAAAAUAAAAAGUAUUAGAAUCCUAAUAUCCAGGAUUCUAUACAGUCUACACUCAGCCUUAGCAACUUUAAGGUGCAGAAUAAUAAUUUUAAUAAGGUGGUUUAAUAAGAUGAUUCUUUAAGCAUCACUGUCUGGGGAAUUGAAAUUCACAUAUUUUAAAGUUGUCAAGAUUGAGAAAAUAGUGAUCUGUGCAUAUCUCAGCAAAAAAAUAUAGAUACAUACAAUAGGAAGAUGAAAUACCAACAGGAAUCUGCACAUCCAACUGAGAGAGAAAUCUGUUCCAGCUUCCUUCCCUAAGUUCCUACAUUCCUGAUCCAAAAAUGUAAAGUUGUUUCCUUCAGUACUAUUAUGACAAUUUGAUUCUGGUUUGAGUAGCAUCUGUGUGUAGAAUCUCAAGGAGACUGACCAUUUCCUAUGGACACGUAGUGAUAUUUUGCACAGUAUCUGCAUUGUCAUUUUUCCAUUAAGUCACAAUUUUUAGUUCAAAUACAGUUGCAAAAUAUGUGUUCCGGAAUGACCCAUAACUGAUCGAGAAACCUAAAACAAAUGCAGCUAUUUCAGUCUCUUUUUCAUACAUUUCACCUUACAAGAGGAAUAAAAGCAUUUAAAAUACAAAGCAGAGAGGUAAAAUCUUUUUUGAACAGAGAUUCACACUUGUAAACUUUACGGACACAUUCAGGCAAUUUUCUUAACAAUGAUGUUGUUGGAAGUUAUUUACCACUGGCCAGAUAUUUUUUUUAAUUUUUAAAUCCUUUCAACAGUUUUGAAUUUACCUAGUGAUGUCCCAUACAAUCUCUAUCCCUAUCACACUGAUUCCAUACACACUUCAAACAGCACAUGGAAAUUUAUCUUCAUCUAUGGGCACAAUGCUUCUUUUUCAUUACUGAGAUAAAUCUUGAUGGUCCCUAAUGACACCUGCACAAGCUGUUAUUAAAGUCAUAACAUUUUUCUAGUGAGAAAACUAAUGACUUCCUUAAUGUCACAUAGUUUAAGGAAACAAAAAUUAUCAGAUGACAUUCAGCUCCCCCCCCACCCACUAUGUUGGGCUACUAAAGCAAAGUCCAUUGAUGUCACAGGCAGUAUUUGAUACAACCACCUUAUACCCUGCAUAAUGUUAAGUGCACAGUUGGAAACCUGUCUGGAUUUCUCUUCGAUGUUACCUAAUGUGCUGCUUAUUUUGAUCCAAGAUGAUGACACAGUAAAAAUUGAUACGUAUCUCAUAAACAGUCAUAGAUAUUUUUUUCAAAGUUUUCCCACUUCAUUUAAUAAUCAUAAAACAUAAAAACUGAAAAAGAAAUGUUUGAUUUUAACCUACAAAAUUAGUGGGAUCUUUUUACUUUUCUGAGUCGUUCUACUGAUAAUUGUUACCAUUUACUUUUGAAGAUUACAGCUGACUGUAUUUCAAGAAAUCAUACUUAAAUGAAUUGUACUUUAUUCUAGUUGAAAAUGGGAUGGCCAAAAUGCACAAGAAUCAAUAAUAAAGUACCCAGAUAACUGGUCAUUAAGCAAAUCAUGUGACCACAAUGGUGGUAUGAUGGUUGCAGUCAGGGGUGGGUUUUAAAUUUUUGUACUACCGGUUCUGUGGGCGUGGCUUAUUUUGAGGGCAUGGCUUGUGGGGAGUAAUGUGACUGGGUUGGCAUGGCCAACUUUUUUUUUUAACUUUUAAAAGCAUUUUUUCUACAACCUUAAGAGGUUGCAGGAAAAAAUGCUUUUAGAAGCUUCUGACAAUCAGGCAAGUCAGCUGGGAUCACCAGAGGCUUUUAAAGGCAUUUUUUCCCUCUACAACCUCUUCAAAGAGGUUGUAGAAAAAAUGCUUUUAAAAGCCUCUGAGAUCCCAGCUGAGCCGCAUGAUCAUCAGAGGCUUUUUUAACUUUUAAAAGCAUUUUUUCAGCUGAAGAGGUUGUAGAAAAAAUGCUUUUAAAACUAAAAAAAAGAGCCUCUGAUGAGGUGGGCGGGGUAAGCGAGCAGCGACCGGGCCAGGGACCGGUUCGGGGGCGUCGCCAGCCAAUGUUAUUAUCAGUUCUCCGAACUACUAAAAAUUUUUACUACUGGUUCUUGCGAACCGAUGCAAACCGGGAGCAACCCACCACUGGUUGCAAUUUCAAAGACAGGUCAUAAUGGUCCUAAAUUGAGGACCACCUUUAUAUCCAUGGGUUUUUUUGGGGGGGAGGACAAGUGAAUGUUUUUCAGGGAUGCUUUUUAACCAGAUCUAGAAUUCCCUUGUCUUUUCCCACCCUAAUACUAACCAGGUUCAACCGUUUAACUUUUUCAAUAUCAUUCAGUUGACCAGGUGGUCAACUAAAAUUAGGGAAGGUUGCCAAAUUAAACUUGUAUGAAAAAAACUGCACACAUUUCUGCAGAAAAGCUAAGAUUGCAGGUACAACAGACCAAAAUUGUUCCAUUUUUAAAAAAGGUACAAAUGCACAUAACAAGGAGUGGGGUACCUAUCAUAUGUUGACAGCUGCAGUCCUGACUUUUCUUGAUCCCUCUUCUGCAUAACUUAAUAGGAUGAGAAAUACAUUGUUUUGCAUUUGGUCAUCCUAGCUGAAUUCCUGAUUGGUCCCAAUGUAAGCCUCUAGAAAUAUUUAAAGACGUACUGAAGACUUCUCAAAAUUAAUGACCUUGUUCUCCAGGCCCUUAGAAAACUAGUUUUUGGAGUUUGAUAAGAAGCAAUAGAUAGUCCAACCUUGGUUGAUGCAUUGUACAAAACAAUAAGCAAUGGCUUAUUUUAAAUCAGAUUUGUCAAUAAUAAUGCUAAGCCUUUAACUUUGGUUUACUAACUACAGUGGCUUGGUUUACAGAGCUGUAAGUCAUAAUUUGAUGUGUUUGGUUUUGACAAUGUCAGUCUAAGCUUUAAUGGUUUACAAGUCAUAAUUUAUGGCUUAAUGUUACGUAAGACACUCACCUACUACAGAGAUAAUAUUGGUCUGCUGUUUAAGGCUAUUUUAGUAGUGUUAUGUGAAUAUAAGCCUAGGGCUUUGAGCACAGAAUAGCUGGAUUUGUGUAAGAUGUUUAACUAAAUAAAAUGGUAUUUGUGCUUUUCAUGAUUCA